AUGGCACAGAUGAUUCUCUUCUUCCUCCUUUUCUUCUGCGAGUUCUUCUCGGGCAAGGAGUUGGAAGAGCAAAUUAUUACACUUUUUUUAAAAAAAAAUAAUCCUCUUUUUCCAGCAAACUUGGACACUUACUGGUCUGGAACUGCCCCUAUCUGCAUGGGAGGCUGUAAAGGAAAGCACAAAGAACUGAAGAAAAGCACGUGUGGGAAUGGAAGCUGCUGCUGGUUGGGGUACAAAUCAUUUUGCCGGGUGAACUGCGGGCGACCAGAAACGGAGUUCAAUUCGGUGGUCUAUGGGAACGACUGGUGGGUCGGGUCAGUGGUGCGCUACAGCUGCCGGCCUGGGUACCUGCUGGUGGGGGAUCCUGCUAGCGCCUGCCAAUCGAGUGGCCGCUGGACCCCCAAACCUACUUGCCUCAGGAUCUGCCUCCGGGGUCGGAUUGAGAUAAACGAGCGGGACAUCGAUGGGAGCUGCUCCUCCACCUGUCCCCAUAAGGUUUACCCAGGGGCCUUUCUCAAUCAUGGCUGCAUCAAGAUCUCCUCCUGCGUCACCAAGCAAUCUGGCUGGACCCGAUGGUUCUCUCGCUGUGACUUUUGUGAGUGUGAUUGCUACGUCCCCUGCGGUAAGUACACACCCUCUGAGUGUCCCUAUUUUCGAGGGACACUCCUGGAUUUACAGAAGCCAUCCCGGUUUCUGAUUUCAUCCCAGAAUGUCUCGCUUUUCCUUAGGAUGUCCCUAUUUUCAUUGGAGAAAUUUUGAAGGGGUUGACGGCAUCUGAUUGGCUGGUGUUGAAAGCAGGAUGCUGGGUUAGAUGGCACUUUGCUCUGAUCCUGCCAGGGUACUUAGGAUAUUAGAAGUAAAACGCGAGUGGUGCUGUGGUCUGAACCACUGAGCCUCUUGGGCUUGCCGAUUGGAAGGUUGGCGGUUCAAAUCCCCACAACGGAGUGAGCUGUGCCCCAGCUCCUGCCAACCUAGCAGUUUGAAAGCACGGCAGUGUAGGUAGAUAAAUAGGUACCACUGUGACGGGAAGGUAAACAGCAUUUCUGUGCGC